AUGUCCUCCAUCUCCUUUCCCAACAUCCCCCACCUCAGACUUCCCCAUGUGUCGGGAGCAACACUCGCCCCUCGCGCCUCAAUACCCGUACAACAUCAACAACCCAGCUUGGCGUCGGCGAGCGGUAGUCUCCGUCAACCCAGUCAGGCUCAAGGCGCGUUCAGCAGCCCCUCCACCCCCAGUGUACGGAAACGAAGCGGUCGCGGCUUGCCGUCGUCUUCUCAUCACGCGACGACAGGUCGUGGGGGCGCAUCAAACCCUCCUGUGCCAGGAGGUCGUGUCCCGCAAAUGAAGACACCGGCCAGCGCUCUCGUCGGUUCGGCAAGUGUACCCAGCGCGGACGCGAAUCCGACAGGCAAAGCCGGCUCUGCUCUGGGGCGGACAGAACUUGCGAGAGGUGUGGCCGUCGAGCAUCUCCGGGGUGUUCCCUCCUUGGCCCCUCAGCCUUCCUCCAUACCUGCGUCUAUCCCAACUGCUGUCCCUUCUGUACCCUCAAUGGCGUCCGCUGCAUCCGGUCCAACCGCGCCUCAUCGCAGAUCAUCAACGCAGAUCAUCGAAGAACAGCCAGCAUUCCCUUCCUGGGACCACCCCCACACGCCCCUCGUCUUCGCUCUCCUUCCGGUUCUCACCUCACUUUUCUUCGGCCGUGGAGAGCUCGUCGCGGACUUGUUUUACGUACUGCUGCUGUGGUGGUACUUAGGCGUCUUGGUGCAUGCCCCAUGGGAACUGUACAUCACAGCGCUACGUACCACGCCGACAUCGGCGCAGCAUACCCUUCCUCUCCUUUUCCUCACCCUCGUCUCACCCCUGCUCGGUGGUCUUCUCCUCACCGUCGUCUCACGCUCCCUCACAUUUCUCCCACCCUUACCGACCUUCUCCAUCCGCCUUUUCGUACUCGCUGCCAGCGUCCGGCCCAUCAAGCACCUCCUCCAGCUCUGGCGAGGCGAAGUCUCCCUCCCCUUGUUGCUGGAAGAAGAGCUAGAGCACACAAGGGUCGACAUCGAGCAGGAGCGAUCACGCGCCGCCUUCAACGCCACCACUCUAGCCGCUCAAGGUAAGGAAGUCGAUGCUCUACGCCGACAGGUGACCCAGCUAAGCCUGGAGCUUGCGAAGGCAAGAGAGGAAGUGCAGGCGUUGGCGAGAGCUGUGAGGAGGGAAGGAAGAAAGGCAGAACUCUAUCGGCUUGGGAUGGGACAAUUGGGCGCUGCGAGCAUGGCGGGUGCGGAUGGCAGGAGUGAGUUGGCAGCGGGAGGUAUGGUGGAGAUCGAGCGAUCAGGAGAUGGUGUGCCUCCGGCCCGUCCUGCGACGCGCACCUCCGAAAUCGACAAAAGGCACCUGCCGCACACGGCAGUUGAAGCACUUGCUUUCAUCAUGCAGAUGCUCAGGCAAACAUGGAGGAUACCCGUCAAGAUUCUCCUCGGCCUGGACACGAUGCUGGGCUUCCGCAGGUUGAGGAGGCUGUUCGCCAUCGUUAGGGGCACGCUCUGGGUGCUGAUGAGGAGGGCCGUAAUUUGGGGUUGA